UUAAUUUUUUCAUAGCCAGGCGCCAGACUUACACCCAAAUCGCUUUUACUCGAGAUACUCAAAAAUUUAUUUUGCAUACGCAGAAAAGGUUGUUGACUUUUGAACGCAAACUUCAUCCCUCUAAUCGCCAAAAUGCCGAGAGACUUUAAAGCACCAGUCAACGUAUCGCCACUUAUCAGGUUUGGUCGAUGGAGCUUCCUAUUAUUAGGUGUAACCUAUGGAGCUACUAGACACAGUUAUCUUCAAAAGAAAGAAGAUAGAACAAAGGAAUCUCGCCAUCAAAAGAUUGCUGAAAGAGAAUCGAAGAUUGCAGAAGAAAAGAAGAAAUUUGCUGAACAGGAAAUCAAGAAUUUGGACGUCAUAUUCAACCCACCGAAGACUGUUGCAUAAAAAACAAAUGGCAGGCAUUUAGAUUUUAAUUAAUAAAAUGUUGUCUUAUUGAUAUGUUCUGUAUCUUAUAGUAAACAUUUUUAUGUUUCCAAUUGUAGUUAUUUACACCACUCAUAAAUUACUUUAAUGUGCAGAUGAAAUUUAAUCGUGUAAGAAAUUUGUACCGUAAAAUACACUAUUAAAAAAAAUA